UUUUACUCUGCUUGACAUCAGCUGUUGCAGAAACCGAGAUCUCACGAGCUAAGGAAUAAAAAGUAAACAGGGAGACAGAGGAGUGAUAGUGUCAUUUCGUCGAACGACAAAACCCCAUCUACUCUCCACCAUCUUAUAAACUCUUUUCUUCCAUGAUUCCAUCUCUCCUGUCUUCCUCCGUUUGUAGUGUGGGAGCGGACCUUGAACGAAGGCAAUGACGCACGGUUAGAGAGAAAGAAAGAGAAGGCAAAAUGCAGCAGCCAAUUGGCCUUCUCUUGUUUUCCUUCUUCUUCUUCUCCGUGCUGCUCUCCUGCGCUGUCAUUUCCAGUGCAGCUGGCGCUACUGCAGACGAUGAGAUCUCCGCCCUGCUUGCCAUCAAGUCGGGCCUGGUUGAUCCAUUGGAUGCUCUCCGUGACUGGAGAUCCCCCGCGGAUCCUCGAGACUCCAUGCACUGCAACUGGACCGGCGUCGGAUGCAACUCAUUCGGCUCCGUCGAGAAGCUUGACCUCUCGCAUAUGAACCUCAGCGGGUUGAUCGCUGACGACGUCCAGCGCCUCCACAACCUCACCACCCUCAACCUCUGCUGCAAUGCCUUCUCCUCCUCGUUCCCGAAAUCGCUUUCCGGCCUCUCGUUGCUCGGGGAACUUGAUGUCAGCGCGAACGCCUUCGUCGGCCAAUUCCCGUCCGGUCUGGGCUCCUCCCCGGCGUUGACGAUCGUAAAUGCAUCAGGCAACAACUUCGUCGGUCCGCUGCCGGAAGAUCUAUCCAAUGCCAAGUCUCUUGAGAUCAUAGACCUCCGGGGGAGCUUCUUCCAGGGAUCGAUUCCAGCGUCCUACGGGAGCCUCCAUAAGCUCAAGUUCCUGGGACUUUCCGGCAACAACCUCACCGGAAAGAUUCCGGUGGAGCUCAGUGAGCUUACAUCAUUGGAGAAGCUCAUAAUUGGAUACAACGAGCUCGAGGGGAGCAUUCCGGCCGAGUUCGGGAACCUCUUCAAUCUUCGGUACCUCGACCUGGCCGUCGGGAAUCUCGACGGCGCGAUCCCGCCGGAACUGGGGAAGCUGCAGCAGCUGACCACUCUGUACUUGUACAAGAACGACUUGGAAGGCGAGAUCCCGAAGGAGUUCGGAAACCUGUCGGCCUUGGUGAUGCUUGAUGUCUCGGACAACCGGAUUUCCGGCCCGAUACCGCUGGAAUUGGCCCAGCUGAAGAAUCUACGGCUCCUGAACCUUAUGUGCAACAGGCUCAAGGGUCCGGUGCCGCCCGGCUUUGGGGACUUGCGGCGGCUGGAGGUGCUCGAGCUCUGGAACAACUCGCUUACAGGUCCCCUGCCAGCAAAUCUUGGACGCAGCUCGUCGUUGCAGUGGCUCGACGCGUCCUCGAAUUCGCUGUCGGGCGAGAUCCCGAGCAGCCUAUGCGAUGGCCUCAACCUCACUAAGCUCAUUCUCUUCAACAACGCCUUCUCCGGGCCGAUCCCAGUCGGCUUGUCGACGUGCUUCUCGUUGGUCCGCGUGAGAAUGCAGAACAACAGGCUCAAUGGCACCAUACCGGGCGGGCUCGGGAAGCUGCCGAAGCUCCAGAGAUUGGAGUUAGCGGGCAACGAUCUCGAAGGCGAAAUUCCAGGCGACAUCUCCAUGUCAACGUCGCUCUCCUUCGUCGAUCUCUCGCACAACCACCUCCAAUUAUCUAUCCCUUCCAACAUCUUCUCCAUCCCCACGUUGCAGAGCUUCAUGGCGUCCGAUAACCUGCUCGUCGGAGGAAUCCCAGACCAGUUUCAGGAUUGCCCGACGCUGGCCGCGCUCGACUUGUCGAACAACCGCCUCACCGGAGGCAUCCCAGCGAGCCUCGCCUCGUGCCAGAGGAUCGUCAGCUUGGACUUACAUGGCAACAGGAUGACCGGGCAGAUCCCCGUUGCAAUCGCGAUGAUGCCGGCGCUCGCAAUCCUUGAUCUGUCGAACAAUCUCCUGACGGGCUCUAUUCCGGAGAACUUCGGAAGCUCGCCGGCUCUCGAAACCUUGAAUUUGUCCUACAACAAUCUCUCCGGACCUGUCCCGAGUAAUGGGAUCCUGAGGACCAUCAAUCCCGACGAACUCGCCGGCAAUUCGGGCCUUUGCGGUGGCGUGCUAGCGCCAUGUGACUCGGAUGCCGACGUGGGGUGGCCCGAGAGACGAAAGAGUGCUCAUCUGACGCACAUUGUUGCGGGAUGGAUGACGGGGAUCUCUGCAGUCCUCGCCUUCUGUAUAGUUCUUUUGGGAGCUCAGCAUCUCUACAAGAAGUGGUACGUCAACGGCAGCUGCUGCGGAGGACGGUUCGACGUAGAGAACGGCGAAUGGCCGUGGAGGCUGACCGCAUUUCAGCGGCUCAGCUUCGCGACCAGCGACAUACUCGCCUGCGUCAAGGAGGCCAACGUGAUCGGCAUGGGCGCCACCGGGAUCGUCUACAAGGCGGAACUGCAGAGACCGCACGCGGCGGUCGCAGUCAAGAAGCUCUGGCGGACGGGAUCGCCCGAGCCCGGAAGCUCGAACCUCAGGGCCGACAUUGCCAGAGAAGUAAACGUACUGGGGAAGCUGAGGCACCGCAACAUCGUGCGUCUGCUUGGCUACAUGCGCAACGACACCGACACCAUGAUCCUAUACGAGUACAUGCCGCACGGAAGCCUGUGGGAGGCGCUGCACGGGCCGCAGGCCGGCGGCCGGGUGCUGCCUGACUGGGUGUCGCGGUACAAUGUGGCAGUCGGAGUCGCACAGGGCCUCGCGUACCUCCACCAUGAUUGCCACCCUCCCAUCAUUCACCGUGACAUCAAGUCCAACAACAUCUUACUGGACGCCAACCUGGAGGCGAGGAUCGCCGACUUCGGCCUCGCCAAAAUGAUGGCGAGGACGAACGAGACGGUGUCGGUGGUCGCCGGAUCUUAUGGUUACAUCGCUCCAGAGUAUGGCUACACCACGAAGGUGGAUCAGAAGAGUGACAUCUACAGCUUCGGGGUGGUUCUCAUGGAGCUCGUCACAGGGAAGAGGCCGAUCGAGCCGGAGUUCGGCGAGAGCCAAGACAUCGUCGGGUGGGUUCGCGACAACGUGAGGGGCGACCGAGGAGUCGAGGCAGUGCUCGACCCGAGCGUCGGAGGCCAAUGCAAGCAUGUGCAGGAGGAGAUGGUUUUAGUGCUCCGGAUCGCAGUGCUGUGCACGGCGAAGCUUCCCAAGGACCGGCCGUCGACGAGGGACGUGCUCACCAUGCUCGGCGAGGCGAAGCCCCGGAGAAAAAGCAGCAGCAGCAGUAGCAGUAGCGCAGGUGUAGGAAGCACCGUAGUGGACAAGGAUAAGCCUGUCUUCAGUACAUCACCGCAUUCCGGUUACCUCUAGCCAUCAGCACGUAGUGCUUUUCUUACUCAUCCUGUAGAUUAAUGUGAUUGCGAGCUUGUAUCAGACGUCUGUAAACAAGGUGUUCGACAUAA